UGAAAACUUCGUUGUUUAUGUGUUUAUAGUUUGUAAAGUUCUUAAAAAAUCGAAAUUAUUAGAAAAAGCGUUGUAAUGGCAAGUUGUUGUGACAGCGAGAAACAUGAUGAAGUAGAUGGCCACGUCCACUUUGCGGAGAAUGUGGAGCCACAUAACCUCAUACAAGUUAAGCAAGAUGGUGAUAGCAAAGUUCAAGUUCAUUUAGGAUUCCUACAAACCAACCAUAAAUACGAAAUGAAAUUUGAUAUACCUAACCUUUCUGGUGGAGAGGAUUUUACAGCAUGUGAAAAUGUCACAAAGGAUGUCAAGUUGGAUGUCACUAAUGUUCAACCUACGGAUACUUCAAAUACCAUUCUAAACACCACAAUCCAUCUGUCAAUCUUUAAAGAAGGUCUGAUGAAGAAUUGCUUUACUCUGCAAAACAAAGACAAAAAAGAAUUCGACGUCAUUAUUCACGCCCGUGUUUUAGGAAAAUAUAGUGGGACUCCUCUGGUCAAGGAUGGUAUUCAUUGUUUGGAGGUGAUAAAGGAGGAUGUUGAUUCCGCAAAUGAAUUCACAUAAAUAUACACAGAAAUAAUACAGAAAUUCAAUUGUAAAUAAAGACAAUUUAAAUGACACUUUUUGACAUCUUCCACCAAUUCUACUCACAAGUUUAAUGACAUAUAAAAUCCACAAGUGUCAAAUUUCAUUGUAAGCACAAACCAUUCCAAGUUGAUGGGGCCAUAAUAUACUUGAGUGGAUUUGAGCAUCCAAUAAAAAUAUACGUAAUUAAUGUACACCAAUCACUAAUGAUGAAUUUGGUUCAAUUUUUGCCAUAAAUUACCGACAAUAUCUAACGAACAUUUCUAUUAUGCAAAGAAUUUACCAACUUUAUACAUUUAGUCUUGAAAUAAAAUGAAAUAGAAUUUAAUAGAUCAGACUCCAUUGUGGUCCUAUUUCACUGUCAAUUUAGUGCUACCAGUAUUUAUGGUCACCAAAAGCAUAUAAUAAAUGAAACCAUUGCUCUUAAGUAGACAUC